AUGUCAACCAACCUAUUUAAGGCCACCGUCAACGAGUACCUAGAGGAGCUUCCGCGGCCGAUUCAGCUUCAGCUUUUCCAGCUGGCAGCGACGUGUCUUGCCAUCUACCGGUUGCUCCCGCCAAUGGCCAAGUUCUUCAUCAUGACGCUCGUGUUCAACGACCAGCCAGUGUCUCUGCGUGACCUCGACAAGUGGUGCAAGCCGCAGGCAAGAAAGCAGCAGCUCGAUCUGCUUACUCGGCUUCGCCUGCUUCACUUGAUCGAAGAGAAGGGGCCUAAUAUCCACCUCCAGGAUACCUUCCGCAAGAACUUCCGUGAUUGCCUCACUGGCAACCAAGGGGCCAACGCCUUUGGUCGGGUGUACAUCGACGAAGACGGACCCAAAGUUGACGUGGCCUUCCUCGAUAACUUCGGCUCUACCAAAUGGGAGACUAUUUUGCAUUACAUGGUGGGUACUCACCAUGCUCCAGCACCACUGUCGCUGGUAUUAGCAUUGUUACGCAAAGGCGGGCUCAUGGAAGGCCCCCUGAAUAAUUUACGCAUUACUAAUAAUGGGUUCCAGUUUCUUUUACAGGACCUGAACGCCCAGAUCUGGACGUUGCUCAUUCAGUACUUAAACCUCACCCAAGAACUUAAUAUGGACCCUGUUGACGUGCUCAACUUCAUUUUCAUUUUAGGGUCGCUUGAACUCGGCAAAGGGUAUUCGGUGCUGCUGCUUUCCGAGACUCAAGUCAAGAUGUUGGCCGAUUUGAAAGACUACGGGUUAGUGUACCGCAAAUCGGAGCGUCUGGCGGAGUUCUACCCCACUCGUCUUGCCACCACACUUACGUCAGACCUGGCGGCCCUUAAGACGCCAGCAAUGGCAUUGGAUCAAGCUACCCUGCUGACGCUGCUGCUGGAGCUGGCGCUGGCAGGGGCAUCCACCCUGAAUCAAGGCAGUAUCGUGUUGGAGACAAACUUCAAGCUUUACGCUUACACCAAUCUGCCGCUCGAAAUCGCCAUUCUCAACUUAUUUGUCACCCUCAAAACGCGGUUCUCUAAUAUGGUGUGUGGGCAAAUCACCCGUGAGCUGAUUCGUGAAGCGUUGACUAACGGCAUCACUGCCGACCAAAUCAUCAAAUUCUUGGAAACGCAUGCCCACCCUCAGAUGCGGAUUUUGGCUAAAGAAAAGCUUGACAAGAAGAUCGAGUUCGACACAAGUCACAACAUUAACACCGCCGGUGGUGCGCCCCAAUCGCAGGCUGAAGGGGCUCGGGUGGCACAACACAAGCUUGAAAUCUUACCUCCAACAGUAGUGGACCAAAUUCGCUUAUGGCAGUUAGAGUUGGACCGUAUUCAAACGUUUGAGGGUUACUUACUCAAAAACUUUUCCACUCAGCAUGAGUUUGAGCUGUUAUGUGGCUAUGCUCAAGAAAUCGGUGUACUUAUCUGGAGUGAUAAGCAAAAGAAACAAAUGUUUGUCACUAAUGAUGGCUUGACCCAAGUUGGAGAUUACGCUAACCGUCAUUUCCGCAGACGCAAUUAA